CAUUUUCUCUCUCUUAUCCCUCAAGUCGAUUGGAACAAGAGCCGAUUCCAUCGGAUACAUAUUAGCUCCUCUCCUCGAUCUUCUCCGGCGAUCUCUGAAUAAGUUUGAGGAAAUUCCAUGGCUCCAAAAAAGAACAAGAAACUGAGCAAUUCUAUGGCUCCAAAAAAGAACGAGAAACAGAGCAAUAACGCUGCUGAAUCUAGUUCUAAAAGUACAGUUGCUGAAAAAAAAACUCCCCAGUCACUGAAGGGUAAAUGUAAACUUGUAAAAAAGUUAUCUCACAUAAACUCUGCACAAACCAUAGAAACUGAGAUUAGUUCACAAAUGCAAGCCAGAAAGAAAGAAAAGAAGACAAAAAAAGGCUACCGAGAAAAUCAUGCUAGUAAGUCUCAAAAUAUUAAUGAAGGAAACAAAGAAAUGGAUAUGAGUGCAAGAUGUGGAGAGAUGAGUAAGAAUGAAAAUACUCAAAAGAGCCUUGAUCUAAAUGAAGGACGGGGAGAGGCGAAUAAGGAUGCAAAAACUUUAAAUAGUCUUGGUGGAGUAAUUUUUAUGUGCAACGCGAGAACGAAAGAAGAUUGUUUCAGAUAUCGUGUGAUGGGUGUUUCGGCUAGCAAACAAGACUUUGUGAUGGGAGUCAAACCUGGUCUUAAGCUUUUCCUCUUUGAUUUCGAUCUUAAGCUCAUGUAUGGUAUCUAUGAGGCUUCUUCUGCUGGUGGAAUGAGACUUCAACCAGCGGCAUUCGGUGGGGCCUUCCCUGCUCAGGUUCCGUUUAGGAUUCACAAGGACUGUAUUCCCCUACCGGAGAGUGUGUUCAAGAAAGCAAUUAAAGACAAUUAUGAUGAAAAGACACGCAAGUUUAAGACUGAGCUGACAGUUAUGCAGGUGGAGAAGUUAACAAAGCUGUUUAGACCUGCACCAUGUCUGGAUCCAACUCUCAAACCAGUACUACAGGAUCCUGUGGCUCAGCCAGUUAUUCAGCACUCGGCAGCACCACCUUUAUUUGGUUAUGAACCUAUCAGGGAGCAUGUAUAUGGAGCGCAAUACGGCAGUAGUAAAGCAGGUCGGAAUUUCUCACCACAUGAUCAUGGAAGGCAGCAGUUUGUGGACCAUCAUGUCAUGCCUAGAGAGGUUGCCCAUAAUCCACAUUUUCUUACUGAGAAAGAAUACAGAAGCUAUGGUCUUCAACAGGCAAAACAUCUGCAGCCUUGUACUUCUGCAGUACAUGUUACCCACAAAUUGGAUCAUUAUGGAUCUGAACAAGGAACACAGCAGCUACUGAGGGCCCCUGCUAGUGCGAGAGCUGAUGCAGCUUUUGCACGAAAUGAACAUGUUUACUCUGAUGCGCGUUUUCCAAAUGAAAGGGAAUACCGUAGUUACGGCCUCAAGAGUCUCCAUCGGCAACCUGGUACUGUUACUCCUGCUGCAGAAAGUAGUAAUACAGUGUCUGCAGCUUCCAAUCAUAGUUUACUAACAAAUGUAAAUCCUUACGAUGAGGAUACCACCUCACUUGUGAACCGGUAUCUCUCUCUGCCAAGGACAAUUAUAUCACCUGGACAGUUACCUUUGACAGGCAGAGAGUCAUUUGCUAGUGCUUCCAAUUAUGUGAGUGACAUCAGAGGCCAUCCAGGAAGAUUGCCUGCUGAAAAUGUAAGAUUUUAUCCACCAAAUACUCCUUAUGCACUAUCAGGCCAUGGCCACAUAUAUCAGCAUCCUACAGAUGAACCUGGAAGAUCAUCGUCAGCCUUACCUCAGUAUCCUUUUGCUGGCCCACCUGCAUCACGUCGCUGAAACUAUACUGCAAAGUACAUCCAUCCCUUAAUGAUGCUCAUUGUGGCUCCAGCGGACUCCAGAAUCCAAAAAAAAUACUUGUUUCCUUCUUGUACAAGUUGGGAAAUAAUCCUGAUGGCUUCUGAUUUUCCAGGUGGAGGGGGGAGGGGGGGGGGGUAGUCUUUGUAUUAGGUUGGCGAGGGAUUAAAAAACAAGGGAAUGCCGGAUUCUUUGGCUUCUCUACUUCAGACAACUUGAUGUUUGUUCAUACCUUUAAUAGGGUCCUGCUGAUGAAUGCUUGAAACUAGAACUUCAGGAUUUUUAUGGGAGUCGCAUUCUUGAACUCUUAAUGCACUAGGUUAACCUGAAUCUAUAUGGAAUCUGCAAAUAUGAUGGGGCAGUGGCGUGUGUCGAUGCAGAAGCUGCUUAGUUUGUGAAUAAUUUACCCAGUGAAGUCAUAACUGGGGAUCGUAACUCCUGUAGAUGCAUCUCACGCCAAAUGCGGAAGAGGUGCAUCUCCAUCUGAAUGAAAAUGAUCAGUCAAGACUCUCAAUCUUUGGUUCAAAAUUCUCUCUUUUUUAAAAAAAAAUUAUUUUUAACCUUUUGGUUUCCCAUGUACAACAUUCUCUGUUUCUACUAGGCUAUCUGAUGUUCACGCAAGAUAAAGUUGCUGCAUGUUUGAUAAUUUUAUAUGAAAGGUAGUCUCUGUUGUCGAACAGCUCAACGGACUGUUCUUUGAUAA